GUUUUUUCCAGUCUCACUUUGUUUUGUUUGGGUGGAUCAGCAGUCGGCUCAGCAUGACAAAAACUCCCCCUUUGCAGCCAUAAAGGCCGCUUUCUUUAAACUCAGUUAUAAAAAAAAAAUGUUUUCUGGGAUUUUGUUGAGCAGAAUAAGUAGGUAACGUCAGGAAACUUCCGUUCAUCGUGAUUUCACUCCGACCUGAGACACCUGUUGCUCCGGUUUCGACGGACAGGUGCCUUCCUUUGACACGGGGAGCAGCGGCAGCUCCUGUCAAACUUGGAUUUAAUUUAUUCUCUUAUCCUGUUGUUUUGGUUUUUUGCCUUUCUUUCGGAAUAAAGUUGUUAAAUCGAAGCUGGCAUGAAAGUUACAGUAACUUUCGGUGACACCGCUGUGGUGGUUCCCUGUAAAGCUGGAUUGACCGUCCGGGAGUUAACCGAACAAGCCACCAGGAGAUACCGCAGAGUUAUAGAGAAGCAACAUGGGGAGGUUCCUGUUAAUAUUCACCACUUGGAGUACGAAGAUGGAGGUAUCCUGGAUAUUGACGACCUGCUUGGUGAUCUGGUGGAAGACAGAGAAAAGCUGGUGGCCAUUUUCGAGGAAGACCGACGUGGCGGCUCCGAGAGUCCCAGAGAUUCCAUAUCCAACGGCUUCUCCAGCGACGGCGCUAGUCCCGAAGCCAUGCACUACUAUCCUCACCUGGAGUACGACGAUCCCAACAGAGGGGAGAUCGAGGUCAAUGAGGCCAUCCUCAAAGCAAAUACACCUUUACUAGUGAGGAGCAGCAGCGACUCUGCUUUGGCUCCCCCUCAGGAGAAGACCCCCUCUCCUCCACCUGAUGAAGAAAGCUACAAACCUCCUCCUGAGCCUGAAAUCAGCAAUGUUCUGAAAGGAGCACUGGAAAGACUGCACACAGACAGCCCCCCACCCAGGAUGACAAACCAGGUUAACUUCAGUACUCUCACAAAGACAGUGGAGUUCCCAGGUAAUCGGGCCCCCCUGGGUAUCCAUGUGGUCCCCUACUGCUCCUCCCUCAGUGGAAGACCUCUAGGCCUCCACAUCAAAGGCAUCGAGGAAAACAGCCGCUCCAAGAGAGACAACCUCUUCAAAGAGGACGAAUGCAUCGUCCAAAUCAACGACACGCCACUGCAGGACAAAACCUUUGCACAGUCUCAGGAGGUGUUCCGUCAGGCCAUGUCGUCUCCUUCUGUGCGUGUGGAGGUCCUCCCUGUUGGCAGCAAACCCCGCUACGAAAAGAGCCUGAUCGGUCAGCUGUUCACUGGUGACGGCAAAGACUCCCCCGUUAACGCAAGGAGUCCGGUAGUCAAUCGCGCUCCAGCCAAGGCUCUGCCGGAAUUAAAACCAGCUCCAAAAGUGGAGCUGAAGCAGCCAGAGACACGCAGCAGGACCCCAGAGCCGGUUCUGCAGAAUGCGCCACCGCUGCAGCCCCAGCCUAGCACUCUGGAGAGGGAUUCGCCCACGCCUCCGGCUCAGACGGGGAACUCCUCCCCUACGCCAAGGACCGGCAGCCAGAGCCCGCUGGCUAACAAGAGUCCUACUGUUCCACCCCUUUCUAAUCUGACUAACAAGAAAGGUGGCAAGAGGAUAAAGAUUGACCUGAGGAAAGGCACUGAGGGUCUGGGCUUCACUGUGGUCACCAGGGACUCGUCCGUCCACGGGCCAGGCCCCAUUCUGGUUAAAAACAUCCUGCAGCGAGGGGCGGCAGUGAAGGACGGCCGCCUGCAGCCUGGGGACCGCAUCCUGGAGGUGAAUGGAGUGGACAUGACCGGUCGUACCCAGGAGGAACUGGUGGCCAUGUUGCGCAGCACCAAGCAGGGAGAGACGGUGUCUGUGCUGGUGUCCCGGCAGGAGGACAUCUUCCUGCCAAGAGAGCUGAAAGGGGAGGAAGCGAGCAGUAAGGUGAUGGAGGACGGAAGGGAGCAGCUGAUGUACGAGAUCCCGCUCAACGAGACGGGCUCAGCAGGCCUGGGCGUCAGCCUGAAAGGAAACCGGUCGAAGGAGACUGGAGAGGAUCUGGGAAUCUUCAUCAAGUCCAUCAUCCAUGGAGGAGCUGCCUAUAAGGACGGUCGGUUGAGGAUAAACGACCAGCUAAUCGCCGUUAACGGUGAGUCGCUGUUAGGCCGCUCCAACCACGCUGCCAUGGAGACGCUGAGGCGGUCCAUGUCAUCAGAAGGGAACAUGCGAGGAACCAUCCAGCUUGUGGUCCUGCGGGCUUCCAAACAGGCAGGUGGCGGCAACUCUGCACCAAGAGCAACCACCAGCUCCAACUAUCAACCCAAUGUUAAACUUGGCUCCAGCAAUCAGGUACAGGAGCCUCGAAGCCACGAUUCCACCCAGAGACCCUCCGGACCUGUCAGAACCGCUAAGCCAGACUCCACUAUGAACGGCGGCGGUCACACGGCAACAAAGAACGGCGGUUACUACAGCGACCUGAGGAGCGCUCCAGCCACCACCAACGGUAGCUAUGGCGAAUACAGCAACGACGAUGAUGAGCAAGGCUUCCCUCCGCCCCCCUCCCCUGGUUCUGUGGAGGAGAUGAGCAGAGACUUAACUCUUACACCUCCCCACCGCAGUGAGGUGCCCGGCAAGCCUACAGCUUUCUACCCGAACAGCAACCUGAUCAAGGAAAAGGACAACGUGCCUCGUAACAGAACCUCCAAGAGCAUGGACCUCGUGGCGGACGAGAGCAACGUUGGAUUGCUGGCGGGGCAGAGAAAUGAGUCCUCUAACGGGGGAGCGCUGGGUCCCACCCUUGGCCUCAUGAAGUCCAGUUCCUUGGAGAGCCUCCAGACGGCCGUGUCCGAAGCCCAGCAGAGUCGGAGGCAAGCUCAGGUGCCGUUCCACCGGCCACGGCCACACAUGGUCCGAGGUCGAGCGUGCAACCAGAGUUUCCGAAUCGCCAUCGACAAAUCCUACGAUGGGCCGUCUGAAGAUGAUGACGACGUGUCAGACGGCAGCUCUGGCCACGAAACCCCCGCCAGCACCUCCUCUCGUCAGGACCUGGACGCAGACGACGGGAAGAAGAAAAAGAAAACCAAAGCGAAGAAAGGGAAAAAGCUCAAGGGGAAGAAGAAGACUGAGGACUCUGUGAAUGAGCCAGAGAAGAAGUCUAAGAAGAAAGGAUUUACCCUUUUGAGGUUCGGUAAGAAGAAGGACGACAAGAGCAAAGAUCCAGCGAAAGGAUCGAAGAACAGACUGGAAGCUCUGAGCGAAGAGGAGUUGGACAGAGUCCCUGACAGCAGAGAUGGCUAUGACCCACGUUACGUCGAGACCCGCUCUGGCUACGCCACCCCAGACCGUGCCUCUCUUCCCGACAUGGAAGACGACGACAGCGACCCAAACUACGCCCGCAUCAACGACUUCCGCCAGCCGCCCUCGCCACUUUCCUUGAGCCGCACCCCAUCCCCGGCUAUACCACGAGGAGGACUGAUUCAGACCCAGGCCUCCUUUGAUGACGUGGAAAGACUCUACGCCAAAGUGAACAAAUCCAAGCCUCCCAACCAGCACCAGGCCCAAACAGACGGCGAUCAGCGGAUCCAGGGAUUGCGCAGGGAGUACCAGCAGGCCAGAGCCGCUCCAGGUUACGAGGAGCUGGAGGCUGCGAGACGCAGAGUUCUGGAGCACGACCCGAACCGGAUGGCGCCCAGAGCAGCUGAAUCCAGGCCGAGGCACCGCUAUGAAGACCUGGACCUGGAUUACAGUCAGCAACCCAGGAGAGAUCCGUAUGAUUAUCCCACCCACUCCAGGCCAGUUCUCAGGGAGCCGGUCCCCUACUCCAGCCACCACCAGGACCCUCCGGUUUCUGGCCGUUUGCCACUCCCUCAGGCGUCCAACCAAUCCCAGCAGCAACCCGCUAAUCAGCGCUACUAUCCCUCGGCGCAGCAACACCGUGCAGCCAUGAGACAGGAUGUCCCACCCUCUCCCACCGCAGGCAGCAGAGGCCGGCAGUACUAUGAGCCCACAGCGGGGAGAGGAGACGGCUACCGGCAGGCUAGCCCAGACAGGUACCCUACGGCAAAGGAUCGCUACGCCGGCGCCGAUGGCUACCGUUACGGAGAAGAAAGACAGCCUGAGCCGAGGCGGAAGGACCCCAUGAUAGGUGCUGUGUAAGAUGAAGUCAAAAAUGACUGGUUUUUGCAAAGAGAUAUAUUUAAAUGUACAUAAAUCUAAACGCAUAUAUGUUUAUAUUGUUUUGGUGGAAAUAUAAUAAUAAUAUUCCAGUAUUGCCUAGAUUUUAGAGACCAGUUUUAUAAUAAAGAUUGAAAUGAGUUUAAAUCGCACAAAUAUUUUCCAGUGAAUUUGGAGCCAAAUAGAUGUAUAUGAAGUAUACUCCAGCACUGAAAGCACUAUAUUUUGUCCAGCCGGAUCAAAGUGAAGGUAAUGCAGAAAGAUCACCUUAAACCGGCCUGAUUAUACAGCAGAAAAACAGGAAGCCGACAAACAGGAACAGGAACUAACCCCUCCCCUUUUUUUGUCUUUUAGUCCUUGAUAUUUUGCCACUUUAACUUCCUUUAUUUCCUGGUAACCUGCUGUUUUGUUUUUUUUCUUUUGUCUUUUUUGCCUUUGAUUAUGUGGAUGUGGCUCAGUCAUGUACUGUUUGUUGAAAUGAAUUUAAUUGUAAUAUUUUGGUGGUUUUUGUAAUAAAGUAAAUAAAUCUUAUAAGCGACGUCACCAGUAA